UAGAUUACAGGCAGUUUGCUGCAUCCUCUAAAAAAGUCCCAGAAGCUGAAGACUAGUUUAAAACGCUCCCCACACACCACAAGCAAGCCACACCCAAUUACACCGAAUCAGCUAUGAGGCUAUCGGUCCUCGGCUUCUUCUGUUUCUUCUUCGCUCCCUCUCUCUGCAGGGUACCAUCUGAAACACAUGUAAAGACUGAACCAGAACAUGCUAGCACCCCACCAAGAGGUUGGAACUCUUAUGAUUCCUUUUGCUGGACCAUAUCCGAGGAAGAAUUCUUGCAAAAUGCUGAAAUUGUUUCUAACCGUCUUAAGCCGCAUGGAUAUGAGUAUGUUGUGGUGGAUUACCUUUGGUAUAGAAGGAAGGUGGAAGGGGCUUACACUGAUUCUCUUGGAUUUGAUGUGAUUGAUGAAUGGGGGAGGCCAAUUCCUGACCCAGGAAGAUGGCCGUCAUCGAAAGGUGGGAAAGGUUUUUCAGAAGUAGCAAAGAAAGUACACGGCAUGGGUUUGAAGUUGGGAAUUCAUGUUAUGAGAGGGAUAAGCCUGCAAUCUUUUAAUGCAAACACCCCCAUCUUAGACACUGUCAAGGGAUCUGCAUAUGUAGAUUUCGGCAGACAGUGGAGGGCAAAAGAUAUAGGGGUCAAGGAGAGGGCUUGUGCUUGGAUGUCUCAUGGUUUCAUGAGUGUAAAUACCAAGCUAGAGGCUGGAAGAGCCUUCUUGAGGUCACUUUAUCUCCAAUAUGCUGAGUGGGGUGUUGAUUUUGUAAAACACGACUGUGUAUUUGGCGAUGAUUUGGAUGUAGAAGAGAUAACCUUUGUAUCAGAGGUUCUGAGAAAGCUUGAUCGCCCCAUUAUAUAUUCAUUGUCCCCUGGUACCAGUGUGACACCAGCUAUGGCUAAAGAAGUUAGUGGACUAGUCAACAUGUACAGGAUUACUGGAGAUGAUUGGGAUACAUGGAGGGAUGUUUUAUCCCACUUUGAUAUUACCAGAGACUUUUCUACUGCUAAAAUGAUAGGUGCCAAGGGCUUGCUGGGGAGGUCGUGGCCUGACUUGGAUAUGUUACCAUUGGGAUGGCUCACUGAUCCAGGUUCGAAUGAAGGUCCACAUAGAACUUCUAAUCUUAAUCUCGAUGAGCAAAGAACUCAGAUAACUUUAUGGGCUAUGGCCAAAUCGCCUCUCAUGUUUGGAGGAGAUGUAAGAAAGCUGGAUGAAACCACAUACAAUCUGAUCACGAACCCUACACUGCUUGAGAUAAACUCUUUCAGCUUAAACAAUAUGGAGUUUCCUUAUAUCACGAGCAGAAGAAGAUGUAGAAGUGAGGAAAAGGUUCUCUCGCAGGAUUUGGCCGAAGGGGGCAUGUUAGGUAUACGAGCUUUGGGUCUUAUUACCUGCAAGGAUCCCAAAGCAAAUGGUUGGUCAACUAAAGCUCUUGAUCAAGAUCUUGAACAAAUCUGCUGGAAAGAGAAACCGGAGAGCAAAUUUGAGGAACCUCCAUGCCUUUACAAGAGAAAACCUCUUGUGGCUUCGGGUGUGGAGAUGAUCUACAAGAAACAAUACGAGGGAACGCUUCAUUUAUUAGAAAGUGAUGGUAUGGAAUUAUGCUUGGAUGCUUCUCCAAGAAGGAGGCUUACAUCAAAAGAAUUUGGGGGAGGUUCUUUCUCACCUUGCAAGUGGGAUGCUAAUCAGAUGUGGGAGUUGAAUGGUACUGGUUCCCUUGUAAACAGUUAUUCUGGUCUAUGUGCAACGGUGGACUUACUGAAAGUUGAUGCUGGUUCGAACGAAAUUCGUUCAUGGAUUGCAACCGGGAGAAGAGGAGAAAUAUAUCUUGCGAUUUUCAAUUUGAACCCGAAGAAGACAGUGAUAUCUACUAACAUAGCAGACAUAGGUAAGGUAUUUCCCUGGAAAAACAUGAAAGGAGCAUCAUGCAAGUACCAUGAAAUUUGGAGUGGAAAGACUGGAGUGACAAAGCAGAUGAUAUCAAUAGCAGUGGAGAAGCAUGGUUGUUCUUUGUUUGUUCUAACCUGUGAUUAGUGUAAAGAAGUUACUCUUUCAUCGGGUGACCUCCGACCGUCCCUCUUAUUUCAUGUCUCCGAUGCAAAUGCAAUUGUGCUCUAUAUCUAUGGCAAUCCUGUUUCUGCUUGGUUUCAUUUCUUAUUAUUACUAUUUUAACACAAGAUUGAUCAUAUUGUUGUUCUUUUUUUUCUUUUUUAUUUUGGUCAGAAUUUCAUA